UGGCUGCUUCUCAAUAGCCUCAACAACUCGAAUCGUUUUAGUCGUAAAAACAUUUUACCACAAUGCACAACAAACUGUUUUAACACCCGAUAAAGAAUAAAGGUCAUAAUAGUGUAAUUUUCAUCGGGAGAAAAAAGAUAGAAAAGAAACAAUAAUAAAAGUGAGAACGUGGUUACGAGGAAUUUGGGAAAUGCGACGUCGUACUGGCCCAGUGCAACAAUGGGUCGAUUCUAUUCCUUCACCCACAACAUCAUCGCCUUCUAAAUUAAUCGAAGCAAAGGAUAUCAGUAACACUUCAACGCCAUCGGUACUUUGUGUAUUGUCAAAGGAAUUAACUAAGCAAACAGAAGAAUUAAAGCAAACAACCAUGACAGCAUCGACUCCAAUAGCGGUUCCUAAUUCACCAGCGACAACAUUAUCCGCACCAUCCAAUCCAUUCCCUCAACAUCGAUUGAUACGCGAUCCCAGUCUACAAUCGGACAGCAGUCACUGCAGCAGUGUCGAAAGUUUUCUAGAGCAACGAAAAGCAGAUCCAGAAGCUGUAUUGUUAAAUUUAGGAUUCGGUGGCUAUCCAAGUAGUCCCCAAGAAAAUGGUCCACUCUCGAGAAUACCAAAACGAUUUCUACAACCAUCAAAAUUAAAAGGAAUUGCAAUCAACGAUUUUAUGAAGCAACAACAAGAAACAAAUGAAUCUCUCGACACUGCAUCCCUUGGUUAUCGAGGCCUAACAGGUUCACCAUAUGUAGCUCCUUCGGAAAUAGUCCAAAAAAUUAUGGAACGAUUACGAGAGCACGAAAGUCAAGAAAUUGAAACACAUUCCUACAAUGUCGGUAUUGAACAAAAUAUACAAGAAGGAAGACUUUCUGUUUUAUCUCCAGAUAACAGACAAUUUUUGGAUCAGCCGCGUGCGAAAAGUCCCGAUAUGCGCAACAAACGGAUGAUUAUAGGACAAAGAUCAUUCGCCUUCGGCUGUGAUGGAGACUUAAUAGAAAUCGACUCAAAACCAUCAAAAAUCAACUCCUCAAAUCCCGCAGAUGUGAUAAAAUCAGACGAUCCAAAAAAUCAACUAGACAAUCAAAAUAUCAAUAAAAUAAUAAAACCCCAAAAUAGACGAUAUUCUCUCAACGACAAUUCCCACCAUCAAGCAUCCAGUUCGGAUAUAAAUCUCGACGACAAAAAUAUUUUCAAUGCAAAAAAACUAUUUACAACCGAGCACAAGGAAUUGAAAACCGAAAACAAAAAGCAACAAUCAAUUAUCGAUGACAAUCAUAAUUUACCAAACGUUUCACGACAAUUAAGCGAAUGUCUACCGGAAUUCCAAAACAGAUCAAUGACCUUCGAAGAGGGUAGAAGGUCCAGUGGUGGUACGACAUUUUCCGAUGGCAGUGGCGACACAGUAAUACCAAAUCGAAAACGAAGUCUAAAGCGACAGGCGAAAAUACGCGACGAAUUCGAAUCAUUCGACUCGAAUGCAACAAUUGAAAACGACGAAUAUCCCGAUUCUGUAGAUUUAAAUACAGAAGCAAUCGUGAAAAGUCGCCAAAAUCCGUUGCAAUUGGUAACGAAUAUAAGAGAUCGAGUGUGUGAAAAAGUUUCCGAAAUGGAGGAAACUCUAAAUAUGGAUUUAGAAGAUGUUUGCGAAUCCGAAAGUGAUACUAAUUCGAGAGCAUCCGAUGAUGAUAAUAAUUAUGUGGAAGAUGAUAAUGAUAAAGAUGGCAAUGAUAACGAUAAUGAUAAUGAUGAUAAUAAUACAAAAAAAUGCGAGGAAGCAACCGGUGAUAGUCAAUGUUGCUCGGAAAAUCAUCAACUCUGCUGUCAAAGUGAUAAACUCGGUCAAAUUUGCAAGCACGACGCGAAUCACACCGGUUGUUGUUAUCACGAGAGUAGCGAAAGAUGUUGGCGAAAAAUGGAGAAAAUAAUGGAGAAAAAUAAGAAACUCGAAAAAAUGGUUGUCAAAAGUAAACGAGGAAUUGUUGAGAUUCGAGAAAUGUUAAGUAGUGUCCUUUCGGUUAGAAUGGAACCUGGUUUUUAAAUUUAUCUCUUUAUUGAGAUGCUGCGCUGAAGGAAAAAUCUAUUCGAUUCAAAUAGAUUAGUUAAUUAUUAGAUUAAUUAGAUUUGCUUAUUAUCAGACAAAUAUUUACUCGAAUCAAAUAAUUUUGAUUUCAAUCGAUUAAACAGUACUAAAAUCAUUAGAUGAAGCUGAAGAUCGCGACGUUUUGAAAAACAUGAGGCGAACUACAAAAAAAAUAAAUUUUUAAGCCAAUAACUUUGGUUUCAAAAUUUAUUUUUUUUUUUUGUUUCCUAAAAACUAAAUAAUUUCUUCAAAAUUUGUUGAACGAAAAUUGACAAUAAAUUAAUUAGAAGACAAUUUCUAAAAUUUUUGUUUUUAAAAAACGUUGCAUACUAUGGUUCUUAUCCUAAAAAUUGUUUUAUUAUUUUCGAUAUCGUGACAAAAAUAUUUGUCGACUCUCAGCGUCGAUGCCAAAUUCAAGGACGUGAUUUCAAUUAAAUUAUUUAAUUAAAAUUGUUUAAUAGAAAUUAUUUGAAUCAAGUAAAUACUAAUUUUGAUAAUACUAACCGGUUAUUUGAAUCAAAUAAAUUUUCGCCUACUCAGUGUGAUAAUUUGCAUUUGGUCACAGGGUAUUUAGAAAACCUUAAUAAGAAAAUUUCACUCAUAAAUCAAAGAUAUAUUACCUCGUUGAUUAUUUUUAAAUUUAUCUACAGAUAACAACAUUUUUCAAAAAAAUGUUAUAAAUAAUAUUAAUAUAACAUUUUUUAAAAAAAUGUUACAGUUACAUUAUAUUGAUAUAACAUUUAAAUAUUAUUUUCCCAUGUAAUGGGAAAGUAAAAAAAUGUUAUAAUUAUAUUUUAUUAAUCACACCCUAGGUGAACUAUGGUCAAGCACAGUAAACAUAUUUAUGACGCUUAAAAAAAGUGUGUACGGUCCAUUUUUAUAAUAAGUAAAUAAUUAAGUUAUAAGUUUAUUAUUAGAAGAGUUAUUGAAAGUUUAUAAAAGUUGAGGGAAAAUUUAAAGAAAGUUAUAGAAUUGAAAAAUUUUAAAAG